ACGAUCUUCAUCUGCCUCACGUCAUCUUUCAUCGACUACAGACUCGAGACUCGAGUCUCUCUCAUUCACUAAUAUUACAGUGUGUGUACGGCCAUGAUCACCUGCUUUGCUUCCUAUUUUACAUAUGUAUAUAUAUAAAAUAAAAUAUAUAGAUCUCUUUCCCCUCUAUGUCCCCAGCUUUUGCUUACUAAAGCGGCAAAGCUAACUACUACUCAUACAAAGCUCACUUUUUUAUUUUACUCUCUCUACAUUUUAGCUGAAACCAAACAAGCAACCACAAGAAAGAGAUCUCUGCAGCCUGGAAAUGGAAGUAAGGAAUUCUCUGAAACACAACUUCUUCUAGGGUUUCCUAAAAUUCCCGUCCUAGUUUUAGCUCUGUAGCACUUGCAAUCUUUGUUUUAAGUUAAAAUCAUCAGCCUUUCUUUACUUUAGCCUUUUUUUUUUUUUUUUUAAAUUAUAAAUAAAAUUAUUAGUCUGUGGGAUCAAAAUGGAGCUUUAAGAUAUAUACUUUGUCCACCGACUUUGUGUAUCUGGCUACGCAAGGCAUUCAAGGCUCUUAUGUGUCGCUCAAGUUAUGAUCUUUUAGCUCCUCCAAUGGUUUUGUCAAAUUUUGGUAGAUUGUGUUAAUGAUCUGCUACUCCAUUGGCCUAGACUGGUAGAGAAUUUUGUUUUGAUUGGUCAAUGUGUUUGCUUAACUCCGGGUGUAUUGACUACGGGAUGGUGGAAAUUUUGUGUUUUGGGAAAUAGGUGUGACUUGUUUGGUUGGUUGGUGAUUUUCCCGGAAAGUGAAAGGGGAAUGUGGAUGGAAAUUUGAGUGAGGGGAGAAUUUAGUGACUGAGUUUGAGGGUGCAACCUUGCAAAAAUGACAGAAGGGCGGAAGACAAGGAGAGGGAUACAUUUUAGCAAACUCUAUUCGUUUUCAUGUAUUCGAUCUCCUUUCCAUGAUAGUCAUUCCCAAAUUGGGGAAAGAGGGUUCUCAAGGGUUGUGCAUUGUAAUGACCCUGAUAAUCCUGAGGCACUUCAGUUGAGAUACAGGGGAAAUUAUGUUUCGACUACCAAGUACACGGCAGCUAAUUUUAUUCCCAAGUCUUUGUUUGAGCAGUUUAGGAGGGUUGCAAAUAUAUACUUUCUUAUUGUAGCUUGUGUUUCAUUUAGUCCAUUAGCGCCUUUUAAAGCUGUUAGUGUUCUGGCACCCUUGUUAGUGGUGAUUGGAGCUACUAUGGCUAAGGAAGCUGUUGAAGAUUGGAGGCGAAGAAAACAGGAUAUUGAGGCAAACAAUCGAAAGGUUAGAGUUUAUGGUAGGAAUUAUACUUUCUAUGAGACCAGAUGGAAGAAACUCCGAGUUGGUGAUCUUGUGAAGGUGCACAAGGAUGAGUACUUUCCCGCUGAUCUGCUUUUGCUUUCAUCGAGCUAUGACGAUGGGAUUUGCUAUGUUGAAACUAUGAACCUUGAUGGAGAAACUAAUUUAAAAUUGAAGCAUGCAUUGGAGGUGACAUCCCAUCUUCAGGAUGAAAAUUCCUUGGAAAAAUUUAAAGCAGUGAUCAAGUGUGAGGACCCGAAUGAAAAUCUGUAUUCAUUUGUUGGGACUUUGUACUAUGAUGGCAAACCUUACCCACUUUCCUUACAACAGAUGCUCUUAAGAGACUCUAAGCUGAAAAACACUGAAUAUGUCUUUGGUGUUGUUGUGUUUACUGGUCAUGACACGAAAGUGAUGCAGAAUGCUACAGAUCCUCCUUCAAAGAGAAGUAAAAUUGAGAGGAAAAUGGAUAAGAUAAUCUACAUUCUUUUCAGUACUCUGGUUGUGAUAGCCUUUGUCGGAUCUGUCUUUUUCGGAAUUGACACUAAACGAGAUAUCAGUGGUGGAAAGUAUAGAAGGUGGUAUCUUCGUCCAGAUCAUACCACUGUGUUUUAUGACCCCAAAAGACCAGCACUUGCUGCUUUUUUCCAUUUCUUGACUGCCCUUAUGUUGUAUGGAUAUCUGAUACCAAUAUCUCUGUACGUAUCAAUAGAGAUCGUGAAGGUACUACAGAGUGUUUUCAUUAACCAAGAUCAGGAUAUGUAUUAUGAGGAAACAGAUAGGCCAGCUCAUGCACGCACGUCUAAUCUGAAUGAGGAACUUGGCCAGGUUGAUAUGAUACUUUCUGACAAAACAGGUACAUUGACAUGUAACUCCAUGGAGUUUAUUAAAUGCUCGAUUGCAGGCACUGCUUAUGGCCAUGGUAUGACAGAAGUGGAGAGGGCACUGGCAAACAGAAGGGAUGGACUGCCUAAAACUGGUGACAUAUCAUCUGAUGUACUCGGGGAUACUAGUGAUGUUGUUGCCUCUGGAAAGUCAGUUAAGGGUUUUAACUUUAGAGACGAACGCAUCAUGAAUGGCCAGUGGGUCAAUGAACCUCAUUCAGACACAAUACAGAAAUUCCUUCGGGUUUUAGCGAUGUGUCAUACAGCCAUUCCAGUUGUCGAUAAAAAAUCAGGAGAAAUAACCUAUGAAGCUGAAUCGCCAGAUGAAGCAGCUUUUGUCAUAGCUGCCAGGGAGCUUGGCUUUGAGUUUUUCGAAAGGACUCAAACAAGCAUAUCAUUGCAUGAGUUGGAUUUUGAAACUGGGAAAAAGGUUGACAGGGAAUACGAGCUUCUUCAUGUCUUAGAGUUCAGUAGUUCACGGAAAAGAAUGUCAGUAAUUGUAAGGAGUCCAGAAAAUAAAUAUUUGCUCCUUUGCAAGGGUGCAGACAGUGUAAUUUUUGAAAGGCUUGCAAAAGCUGGGCGGCAGUUUGAGGAUCAGACCAAGGAGCACAUUCAUAAAUAUGCUGAAGCAGGUUUACGAACUUUGGUGAUUGCAUACCGCGAGCUCGGUGAAGAAGAAUUUAAAAUAUGGGAAAAGGAGUUUCUGAAGGCCAAAUCUUCUGUCACCGAAGGUCGAGAUUUAUUGGUGGAUGGGGUUGCUGAUAAGAUUGAAACAGAUUUAAUUCUACUUGGUGUUACAGCUGUUGAAGACAAACUGCAAAAGGGGGUUCCUGAAUGUAUCAACAAGCUUGCCCAGGCUGGGAUAAAGAUAUGGGUAUUGACUGGGGAUAAGAUGGAAACUGCAGUUAACAUAGGGUAUGCUUGCAGUUUACUUAGACAAGAUAUGAAACAGAUUGUCAUCAGUCUUGAUUUGCCAGAUAUAAAUGCCUUGUCGAAACAAGGGGAUAAAGAGGCAGUUGUGAAGGCUUCUCUUGAAAGCAUAAGGAAGCAAAUUGGAGAAGGUGUUUUGCAAAUUAAUCAAGCUAAAGAAAGUUCUAGCUCAGCUAAGUCAUUUGGCUUGAUAAUUGAUGGAAAGUCCUUGGAAUUUUCACUCAAGAAGGAUGUGGAAAAAUCGUUUUUUGAGCUUGCAAUUAAUUGUGCUUCUGUUAUAUGUUGCCGUUCUACACCCAAACAGAAAGCUCUUGUUACGAGAUUGGUAAAACUUGGAACAGGUAAAAUAACACUUUCUGUUGGUGAUGGUGCAAAUGACGUUGGCAUGCUUCAAGAAGCUGAUAUUGGAGUCGGCAUUAGUGGUGUUGAAGGGAUGCAGGCGGUAAUGGCCAGUGAUUUUUCCAUAGCUCAAUUCCGUUUUUUGGAGCGGCUCUUGCUUGUACAUGGGCACUGGUGCUACAGGCGCAUAUCAAUGAUGAUAUGCUACUUCUUCUACAAGAACAUUACAUUUGGGUUUACUCUGUUUUGGUUUGAGGCCCAUGCUUCUUUCUCUGGUCAACCUGCUUACAAUGAUUGGUACAUGUCAUUCUACAAUGUCUUCUUCACAUCACUUCCUGUGAUUGCUCUUGGUGUUUUUGAUCAGGAUGUUUCUGCACGACUAUGCCUCAAGUAUCCCUCCUUGUAUCUGGAGGGAGUGGAGAACCUCCUCUUCAGCUGGACCCGCAUACUGGGUUGGAUGGUUAAUGGCGUUUUGAGCUCCAUAAUUAUCUUCUUCUUCACCACCAAUUCCAUGGUUGGCCAGGCUCUCCGUAGAGAUGGUAAAGUAGUUGACUAUGAAGUCCUAGGGGUCACAAUGUACACUUGCGUAGUGUGGGUUGUAAACUGCCAAAUGGCACUCUCCAUCAACUACUUCACUUGGAUCCAGCACUUCUUCAUCUGGGGAAGUAUCGCCUUCUGGUAUAUAUUCUUGGUGAUAUACGGUUCCGUAUCACCGAAUGUUUCCACAACAGCGCACAAAGUUCUUGUGGAAGCCUGUGCUCCCAGUCCUCUGUAUUGGCUGGUGACCCUCCUCGUCGUCAUUUGCACUUUGCUACCGUAUUUCUCAUACCGGGCUUUCCAGACACGGUUUAAACCAAUGCGUCAUGAUGUAAUACAACAGAAACGAUUAGAAGGUUCAAACCAUGAUGAGACUUCUGGCGAGUUGCCUCUGAGACUGAGCAGCAAACUAGAGCACCUGAAGCGGAGAUUGAGGGCUAGAGAAUUGUGAAAUGGCCGAACCGUAGUAGUAGGGUAAUGAACUUAUGUGAUCAGAUGAGGGGAUAGUUGGUGGUUUGUUUGUGUAUAUGUUUGACAGUUUGGGAGAGGCAUUUGAAGUGUAAGUUGGGGGCAAUGGCCAAAUGAGUAUUGUAGCGGACAGGACAUGUAUUUGUAUACCACUCACCUUCCUUGUAGGUUUAGCCAUGUAAAGCUGAUGAUAUUAUCAAAUUAUAAGAAAACAAAAAGAAGAUCCAGUUUGAUAUUCCCA